AUGGAGAUAUUGAAGGAGGAGUCGGCGCGCGAUCCCGAGAUCGCGUCGUUGUUAGAGGGGGCGAAUGGGGAUCCGACGGCGGUGGAGGCGAAUAUUCGCGAGCGGUUCGAGAAGAAGAGGGAGAAGAUUUAUCAAGAUCGAAGCGGUUCGACGGUGCCGACGCUCGUGACGUUCCGAGAGGUGAACGCGUUCAAUUGUUGGAUAUGGAUCGAGAGUCACAAUCAGAUUGCGGAGAUGGAGAAACCGCUCAUCGAGGAGGUGUUCAAGGCGUGGUUCGUGCUCGGCAAGUUGGGUGGAUUCAAUUCGUUUAACAUGCAGGCGAUGGAAAACUACGACGAACCGUCCUUCAUGGACUACUCCAUGGAGCGCGCGCAUGAGUUCAGUACGGACACGUCGACGCACGUUUUCCACGAGAUGAGUGAGAUGGAGUUCCAGGGACAGUGGGCGCGAGUUUACAUCGACAUGGGCACCGCGGAUGAGAUGGCGUUUGACGUGUUGAUAAACUCGCUCAUUCAGUUUUCGCGCGAAUACUUUGGAUUAAAGCAAGUCGUCAUUGGAGGCGUGAACGAAGAUUGGCCCGUUGAGGGAAGCGAUUACGGUUCUACAGACUUGAUUGUCGACGAGACGUUCGGGCGCGGUCCCAGAGGACGACUGUCUAGAUGA